AGUUUGCUCAUUUUUGCUACUCCAAAACUUUUUUAAAAAAAUCAUUUCUUCUAUUUAUCGCGAAGAAAAAAUCUAAAUCGACUUUAUUUGAGUUUGAAGAGUAGACGCUUUGUUGCGGCGUUUUUGUGUUUGAUUGUGGUAAUUGUCUGAAAAAGGAAGAAAGAUGGUAGCUGAAGCUGAGGUUGUUUGUCAAAAGAGGGUGCCGGUGUUGGACGUUCAAUAUUUUGGUAAAGGAAGUAAUAUGGAGGAGAUUGAUGAAAUUGUUGCGAUUUCGUCGACGGUUUCUUCGCCUAAGUUUGGACAAGCUCUUUUUGCUGAGUCAGUUGCAGCCGAUUUAUCCACCUCUCAACUGGAUGUGAAAUCUCCGGAAAAAGUCCCAGAUCCAAGUACUGAAUCUACCGUCCUGCAAUUUGUCCCAAGCAUCCGUUCAGGUAGUUUUGCUGACAUCGGACAGAGGAGAUACAUGGAAGAUGAACAUAUUAGAAUAGAUGAUCUAUCUUCACAUUUGGGAUCCCUUUUCAAGUUUCCCAAGCCUAGUGCUUUUUAUGGGGUGUUUGAUGGUCAUGGAGGUCCUGAGGCAGCAGCUUAUAUAAGGAAAAAUGCUCUUAGAUUCUUUUUUGAAGAUGUUAAUUUUCCACAGACUUGUGAAGUUGAUGAUGUUUUCCUGGAAGGGCUUGAGAAUUCCCUUCGGGAAUCAUUUCUUCUUGCUGACCUCGAUCUUGAGGAUAAUUGUGCUGUGAAUAGCUCUUCUGGAACAACAGCUAUUACUGCUCUGAUAUUUGGAAGCCUACUAAUGGUGGCCAAUGCCGGUGAUUGCCGAGCAGUUCUCUGCCGAAAAGGGAAGGCAAUUGAUAUGUCUGAAGACCACAGGCCUAUUUAUCCAUCAGAACAGGAGAGAGUAAAAGGGCUGGGAGGGUAUGUUGAUGAUGGGUAUCUCAAUGGUGUUCUAUCAGUAUCCCGAGCCUUGGGGGAUUGGGACAUGAAGUUCCCUAGGGGUUCUUCACCUCUCAUUGCGGAGCCUGAGUUUCGACAAGUGCUUCUGACAGAGGAUGAUGAGUUCGUCAUCAUUGGGUGUGACGGGAUUUGGGAUGUUAUGUCAAGUCAACAUGCAGUUAGCCUAGUUCGCAGAGGAUUGUGGCGCCAUGGUGACCCUGAGCAGUGUGCUAGAGACCUUGUCAAGGAGGCCUUAUGUCACAACACAUGUGAUAAUCUUACUGUGAUCGUUGUAUGCUUCUUUGCACCUGAUCACCGGGAGCAACCAUCUCCUAGGCAAAGAAGAUUGAGGUGUUGUAGCCUGUCUGCAGAGGCCCUGUGUAGGUUGAGGAGUUUGUUAGAUGGCAAUGCCAAUCGGUGAAUGUAAAUAGAAUCUUUAAAUAAUACUCUUGGUCAAUAUAGGAUGUUAUACUGUUUCUGGCUGCUCCAGUUACAGCUAUAAAAACCAGCUAGCAGUUUUGAAGGGGAUGCUUUUGGUAUAUUUAUGGUGGGUUCUGGGCGGAUGUACAUAGAUGAUGGUGGUGUAGAGAUGGCCCGUAUAUUAUUGUGUUCUCCAAGUCAUUUAUGGAUUCUUUUACUCAAAAUCCAGGGUGGCAGCACUUUGGUAGUUCAUUGUUCAUUUGUGAGAUGUAUGUAUAUAUAUAUUGUCAAUAAAGAUGGAAGUUUUCGUUGCUGUCUUCA